AUGAGGUUGCCUUUGGUUGUGGCAGCUGCGGCUGCAUUGAUUUUCCCCUCUGUAGAAGCAGAUAACGUAGAUCACCGAUACAAGAAGGAUGAGCACGUAGAACUUUGGGUCAAUAAGGUUGGUCCUUACGCCAAUCCCCAAGAAGCUUACGAGUACUACGCACUUCCUUUCUGUGCGCCCGAUACCAAACACCAUCCCGAUGCUCCUGGCGGCGGUGGUCGCUUUAACGAAUGGAAAGGUCUUAGCAUUGGUGAAAGCUUGGGUGGACACGCCCUUCGUCACUCGGGUCACGAUAUUGCUUUCCUCAAAGAUGGAGAUCCGGAAACCUGUACCACAAAAGCCUUGACUCAAGACGAAGCGGAUCAUUUUGCUAAGGCCAUUCAACAUCGCUGGUUCUAUCAAAUGUAUUUGGAUGAUUUGCCCGUAUGGGGAAUGGUUGGUGAGAUGCUUCCAAAGGCGGAUCAACUCAAAUCAAAGGAAAAGGAUGAUUUGGCUCGAUUGGAUCACAUGGAAGACUUGUCUGACAAUGAAAUCAAGGAUCUUCACCCAUAUGUCUACACGAAACGCAACUUGGUCAUUUCCUACAACAAGGAUCAAAUUGUCAAGGUUGACUUGGAGUCCGAUACAUCCUCUCUUCAAGAAGUCAAAGCUGGAGCUCAGUUGGAGUUUGCGCUUCACGUCCAAUAUGUGGAGACUGUGGAAGAAUUCCACUCGCGAUUUGAUCGAUACUUGGAUCACGAAUUCUUCAAGCAUCCCAUUCACUGGUUUUCUCUCUUUAAUGCCUUCAUGAUGGUUCUCUUCUUGAUGGGACUAGUUGCCCUCAUUCUUCUUCGAACGCUCAAGAAGGAUUAUGCACGUUAUGGAAUCAUGCACGAUCUUGAAGAGGGAGAUGAUAUGGACGAGAAGGAAGCUCUUCAGGAUAAGGUGGAAGACUCUGGUUGGAAGCAAGUGCACGGAGAUGUCUUUCGAUCUCCCUCGUUGCUCGCUCUUUUUUCAGCAUUGAUAGGAACUGGUUGGCAACUUGUGGUCUUGACGUUGGGUGUCAUUGUCUUUGCAGUCUUGGGACCCUUGCAUGGAGAAGUCCAUGAGGGACGUGGUGAGGUUAUGCAGGCCAUUAUCGUCUGUUACGCAUUUUCCUCUAUUGUCUCUGGAUACACUUCUGGAAAUUACUUCAAGAGCUAUGCCGGAACUGUCCAACGAAAGGGCAAGGAAACCAGUGUUCAGUGGCAACAGACCAUGGCUUUGACUGUUAUCUUGCUUCCAACUGUUACAGUUGGUGUGUUUGCUACCUUGAACAGUGUCGCCUUGGCCUAUGGCACGAUCAACUCCAUCCCAUUCAUGGUCAUGAUCAAGCUAUUCUUCCUGUGGACGUUGGUUUCCAUUCCACUCUGCGUAGUCGGAACUUUGCUUGGACGCCACGCACACAAAGGGACUGCUAAUCCUUUCCCUUGUCGCGUCAAUGCCAUUCCUAGACCCAUUCCGGAGGAUGUGCCGUGGUACGGAAAACCAUCUGGUUUGAUUCCAUUGGCUGGAUUGUUGAGUUUUGGAUCCAUCUUUAUUGAAUUAUACUACAUUUUGACAUCACUCUGGAACUACAAGUUCUACCACGUAUACGGAUUCCUCUUGGGUGUAUAUGGCAUUUUGACCAUUGUUGUUGGUAUGACAUCCAUCAUUGUGGUGUACUUUUGCCUCAACGCCGAGAAUUACCUCUGGCAAUGGACCGCCUUUGGAUCGGGUGCUUCCACUUCUGGAUACGUCUUUUUGUACGGAGUCUACUACUACAUUUUCAAGACUCAUAUGCAUGGUCUCUUGCAAAUGACCUUUUACUUUGGAUAUAUGACACUGAUUGCGCUGAAUUUAGGACUCUUGUGCGGUACCCUUGGUCAUUGGGCCGCAAGCAAGUUUGUGAAGGCCAUUUUCCAGAACGUCAAGGUAGAUUAG